UUGUUAUUGACGCGCACAGCUCCUUUAAACAUGGGAGGAAAGUUGAGGGUGAAGUUCGCGAGCUUCUGAUAAACGGCUUUAGUUGCUUCGGGAGUAGCAAACUGUUCGUAAAUUGCGGACUCUAGGAAAGGCGGACAGAAAAAAAGUUCGAGCUUGGCCUCUAAAUAUGAAAGAAGUGGAUAUUUGUACGAACUUUACUAAAACGAGAACACCGGCUCAACGUCCAUUUUGAUUCCGAACACAAAGGCUUUCUUGUGCCUCUUUUCUUUUCGAAGCCGUCAUUGUUUUCACACCUGUGACAUGUCGGGAGCUCAUGAGGUAAACCGGAAACGGCGCCCCCCCAAGAUGUUCUUGCUCUCGACGGACUUGAGAGUCCAGGAUCAGGUGGACGGCACCAUUUGGCUGCAGCGGGGCAACAUUUGCCUGGAGCAGGAGUCGCAGAAGAGCAGAAGUGAAAAUGUGUGGGUGAAGGUCCUGGACAAUGGCGCCAUGGUUAAAAUAGAAAAGAAGCUGCUAGUGGAGGUACCAGCUGAGUUAGUGAGUCUCUUGGAGCCAGUCUCGGAUCCCGAAACUCGUCUGAAACUAUUAAACAACCCGGGGAAGUUGCAGUAUUAUGCCUCUUUGCCAGUCGGUACCCCUUUGUGGGUCCAGAUGGGCCAGUCAGAUGACCUUGUCGAGGCAGAGCUCAGGUACAUCGGCCCGUUGAACAGAGGAAGCAACGCUGUCUUUUUUGGGGUACAACUUAAGGGCUCAGCAGCAGGGAAAGGAGUGAGCAACGGUUCCUAUAAAGGUCAGAGAAUCUUCGUCUGCCCCGAUGCGUCUGCUCUCUUCGUUCCCGUGAGUCACGUCAGGGUCCGGCACUGGUCUCGUAACAAUGGCUCAGAACCACAGGAGAGACAUAGGGAAAAAGAGCACAGUCAUCGGAGCAGCAAUCCUUCCAGCAAUGGUCACAGCAACCAUCAGCCCAGCAACGGCCAACAUGUAGAGCGCUCCAGUCAUCAGCAGCAGAGUCGCCACAUAAGUUUUCUCCACCAUCAGCCCAGUACUUCUCAAUCGCAAUUCUUCGUCGCCAGAACAACAGAGUCCCAACAAUUCCAAAUCAGCCAGAGAGUCAGUUGUCAGCUGGAGGAUGUCGUGUGCCACGGUGAAGUGCGCUUCUGUGGUCUCCUGCCUGGUCGCUCCUCUUCUGGGACUUACGUUGGAAUCCUACUGGACACUCCUGAUGGUAACUGGGAUGGCAUCUACAAAGGGGAAAAACUCUGCUAUAUUCCGUCCCCCAUCUAUGGACUGCUGCUGCAUGUCAGCAAAGUCUCUCCAGAAGUCAAAUCCCACCGUCCGAGUGGUGUCGCCCAGAAGCCCAAAUCCAUUUUGAAACCUUCACAGCCCAUUGCAAAAUCAGUUCCUGUGUCUCCAACUAUGUCUGCUAUAAAGGUGGCUCUGAUGCCGCCGACCAAACCGGCAGCAAAGCCUCCUUUGGUGCAACCGAAGACCACUGUCCAACCUCCUCCUCUGCCACCUCCUAAACCUCACUUCUCAAAGCCUAACUUGACCCAGCUAGAGCACCAGCAGCAUGCCAAUGGAACACAUGAACUCCCCUCUCCACUGUGGUCACCAGACCGUGGUGAAAGCACCGGAGAAGAUGCUGAAGUCUUUUUGGAAGGGGAGUUUGAGGUUGGGUCCAUGGUAGAGGUCAAUGAUCCCCCUCUGUUUGGGGUCAUUCGAUGGAUUGGGCAAAUCAGUGGAAUAUCUGAACCAGUGGCUGGCAUCGAACUGGACCAGGAGCUGAGCGCAGGAACAGACGGGAGUUACCUCGGUGAGCGCCAUUUCCGUUGCCCUCCCAACAAGGGACUGUUUGUCAAGCUCAGAAACUGCAGGAGAGACUCCAGGUUCCCUGCUCCUGAGGCACCUGUCAAUCAGGUGGAGCGAUGCAACUCAAUAGCCUUUGCUGAGUGGGGCAGUGAGCGUGUGGAGGAUCACACUCCCCCUGUGGAUGGGGAUGAAGCGAGAGAACUCUAUGAGGGCUGGAAGAAGGGCAUCCAGGGUCACCUCAACUCUUGCUACCUGGAUGCUACUCUUUUCAGUCUGUUCUCCUGCUGCAGUUCAGCAGACUGGCUGUUGUUUUGGCCCACUGACCCCAAGACUGACCAAAAUUCCAGCCAGGCACAGGACCUGCUUCGCUGCGAGAUAGUCAACCCCCUGCGCAGGUCUGGCUACGUGUGUGCCAGCAAGACCAUGGCUUUACGACGCCUGCUGGAGGCUGCAAACAGUGACAUGGGCUUCACCAAUCAGGAGAAAGAUCCUGAGGAGUUCAUUAACAAGCUUUUCCAGCUGCUGAGAGUUGAGCCACUGCUCAAGAUAAGAUCGAUGACACGAGACCCACAAGAGUGUCACCUUUACCAGCUGUUUCCACCGUCUCUCCCAUCCUCUCCCUCACCCACGUCACCGUCCUCGCCUCAAAACUCACCCAUUCCUUUGCACUCGCCAUCCUCCAAUCAGAUGCGGGUUGCCAGUGUCCAGAAUCUGCUGGAGUCCUCCUUCCUUCAUGCUGGGCUGAAGUUUGUGGAGGCGCCGUCCUGCCUGUUGCUUCUCAUGCCCAGAUUUGGGAAGGACUUUAAAAUGUUUGAUGCCAUCUUACCAACGCUGACCCUGGACAUCACAGACCUGCUUGAUGACACUCUGAGGCAGUGCAGCAUCUGUCAGGCGGUGGCUGAAUGGGAGUGUUUCCAGUGUUAUGAAGACCUUGACAUCACUCCUGGUCAACUCAAACAAUACUGCAAGACCUGCAACACACAGGUCCACAGUCACAAGAAGAGAACUUCCCAUUCUCCUGUGGAGAUUGCUGUGCCUGAUGGGCAGUGGUCUGGCUCUCUGCCCUGUGCCCGCCAGCAAAUGUCUCUCUUUGCUGUGACCUGCAUUGAGACCAGUCACUAUGUGAGCUUUGUCAAGCAUGGACCCCUCCCUACCGACUGGCUGUUUUUUGACAGUAUGGCAGACAGAGAAGGAGGUGAGAAUGGUUUCAACGUCCCUCAGGUGAGGCCGUGUCCAGAGGUGGGACGUUACCUCAGUCUGUCGGAGGAUGACCUUGGCAGACUAAACCCCACCUCCUUAAAGGAGUCGGCACGUCGGCUGCUGUGCGACUCUUAUAUGUGUCUCUACCACAGUCCUGAGCUAAGCCUAUACAAGUGAGACAUGAACAACGUGGGACAAUCAGUCGGUGGAACUUGCAAAUGUGGACAAUUGAACAAAUGUGGAUGAAAUAAGACUUUGUUUGGACUAUGUGUCCCACUUAUUGGUCAAAGGUGCCUUUAAUGUGUAAUGCGUUUAACAUCUUUGAUUUAUUUACAUACAGGUUGUGCUGCUAUGUUUCUGUGCCUUUUUGUGCCAUUGUAAUGUCUAAACCUACUGAAGAGUUGUCUUUAUUUGAAAGUUUAUUUGUUUUCAUAUUCAGACAGUGUC